AUGCCCUCUUCAAAUGAUCAUCUCAAAGCUACAAGAACUCCUUUAAAAUCUUCAGGUACCACCAAUCCAAAGAGUCCUCUCGUUGGAGUUCCUUCAUCUCUCUCUGCUUUGAAAAAGCGAAAAGCCUUCAUUCCGAAAGAUGUUUCAGAUUCAGAACAAGAGGAAGAUGAAGUACUGUUUUCCAGAGCCAACAUUCGUAUGGCAAGUAUAAAACAGGAGCCAUUGUUGAUCACUUGUUGCACAACAAACAACGUAAAUAAUUGUACAAUCCAGUCGCACCCACCAGCAGCAGCUGCUGUAAUUGAAAGCGGAGUUGAGCACAGCAGGAAUAUGGAAGGCUUACAGUGGGAAGAAGCAUCAGUAAAGCAUCAAGAUUCCAAACGUACAUUGAAAACCAUUUCUUGGUAUCAACCGUUCAUCUUUGAAUACGACUGUCAUCACGAUGAGCACGAACAAUUGGUUAUGGAAUGUAACAAGAUGUUGCAAAGUGAAGAAUGGUAG